AUGGCACGUUCUGUCGAUCCAACAAAAGAAGGUAGAUGUGUCACAGCAGUUUUGGAUCGUAAAGAACGUCCCAAUCGUUUACUUGUUGAUGAUUCAACUAAUGACGAUAAUAGUGUUGUUGCUUUGUCACAACAAAAAAUGGAUGAAUUACAUUUAUUUCGUGGUGAUACUGUUUUACUUAAAGGUAAAAAACGUCGAGAAACAAUGUGUAUUCUUCUUGCUGAUGACAAUUGUUCAUAUGAACGUAUUUUAAUGAAUCGUGUUGUAAAACAUAAUUUGCGAGUACGUUCCGGUGAUAUUGUUUCUAUUCAAGGUUGUUCAGAUGCAGAAUAUGGUAAACGUAUACAAGUUUUACCUAUUGACGACACUGUAGAAGGAAUAACAGGAAAUUUAUUUGAGGUCUAUUUAAAACCAUAUUUUCUUGAAGCUUAUCGACCGGUAGAAAAAGGUGAUGUUUUUAUUGUACGUGAAGCUAUGCGUGCUGUAGAAUUUAAAGUUAUUGAAACUGAUCCAAGUCCAUAUUGUAUUGUUGCACCUGAUACAGUUAUACAUUAUGAAGGUGAUCCAAUUAAACGUAAAGACGAAGAAAAAGCAUUAUUGAAUGAAAUUGAUUAUGAUAAUAUUGGCGGUUUAGAAAGUGUUAAAUCUAGAUUGCAAGAACUUAUUCAAUACCCGCUUGAAUAUCCAGAAACAUUUCUCAGAUUUGGUAUGACACCAUCACGUAGUAUUCUCUUGUAUGGACCACCUGGUUGUGGGAAAACAUUAUUAGCAAAAGCUAUUGCUAAUGAAUGUCAAACAAAUUUUAUUUCAGUUAAAGGUCCAGAAUUAUUAACUAUGUUAAUGUCUGGUGAACAGGGACGAACCGAGGUCUUUAAGGCAGCGGGAGCGCAAAACAUCAGUACUUCAAGUUCUAAUAGCACGGGGGGCGCAAGACCCUUUUCAUCUAAAUCAAACACCAAAAAACACGUUAAAACCCUUGCUAUUGGUUUUAUUAAUCAAAUAAAACCUAAAAUUUUUCAAAGCAAGAGGGGCGUAACACCCCACUCGUCCCCUAAUCGGUGCGCCCCUGUUGAUGAAUCCGAAAGUAAUGCACAUGAUAUAUUUGAUGAAGCUCGUCAUGCAGCACCAUGUGUACUCUUCAUUGAUAACUUUGAUUCAAUUGCAAAAGCUCGAGGUGGUAGUGCUGGUGCAAAUGAUCGUGUUAUUCAUCAAAUUUUAACUAAAAUGGACGAUUUAUAUGCAGAGCAAAAUGUUUUUAUAAUUGGUGCAACCAAUCGACCAGAUAUUAUCGAUCCAGCUCUACUUCGACCAGGUCGUUUUGAUCAAUUAAUUUAUGUUCCAUUGCCUGAUGAAGAAUCCCGUAUGGAUAUUCUUAAAGUUGCUUUAAGAAAAUCUCCUGUAGCUGGAGAUGUUGAUUUGAAUUUAUUAGCUAGUGUAACCAAAGGUUUUAGUGGUGCUGAUUUAACAGCAAUUUGUCAACGUGCUUGUGAAUUAGCAACUCGAGAAUCAAUUCACAUAGAAAUUAAUCGUGAAGAACGACAACACAAUGGACAAACAGUAAUGUAUUCUAAUGAACCCAAUCCAGUGGGAGAAAUUCGUCAUGAUCAUUUUGAAGAAGCUAUGAAAUCUGCUCGACGAUCAGUUAGCGAUAACGAUCUCCGUAUAUAUGAAAUAUUUACUCAAACAUUACGACAACCAUCAUGA